CUCUCUCUCUCUGCAGCAGAUUCUCUCUCUCUCUCUCUCUCUCUCUCUCUCUCUCUCUCUCUCCAGCAGAAAUGAAAGAUCUCGACUUCGCAGCGGACAAAGCCCUCGCCAAAGAUUUCCUUUCCAACUUCGCAGACGCGAACGGCGAAGCCAAAUACCUCAACAUCCUCCAAGAUGUCGCUAAUCACAAGAUCCGAGCCGUCCAGAUCGACCUCGACGAUCUCUUCAAUUACAAGGAUCUCGAUGAGGAAUUCCUGCAAAGGGUUACGGAGAAUACCCGCCGAUAUCUGGGUAUUUUCGCGGACGCCAUGGACGAUCUCCUGCCAGAGCCCACAGAGGCGUUUCCAGUGGACGAGGACCAUGACAUUCUGAUGACUCAGAGGUCGGAGGAAGGGACAGAGAACGCUGACGGUUCUGAUCCGUUUCAGAAGAUGCCUCCGGAGAUUAAGCGGUUCUUUGAGGUCUAUAUAAAGGCGUUUUCCAAAGGGACGCCAUUUACCAUACGAGAGGUUAAAGCUUCUUAUAUUGGUCAGCUUGUGAAGAUUUCCGGCAUCAUAACACGUUGUUCCGAUGUUAAGCCCUUGAUGCAGGUUGCUGUUUACACAUGUGAAGAGUGUGGGUUUGAAAUUUACCAGGAAGUAACUGCUCGUGUGUUCAUGCCCCUGUUUGAGUGCCCAUCCGCACGCUGCAAGAUAAACAAGGCAAAGGGAAACCUCAUCCUUCAGCUCAGAGCUUCAAAGUUUUUGAAGUUUCAAGAGGCAAAGAUCCAAGAAUUAGCAGAACAUGUUCCAAAAGGCCACAUUCCACGAACAAUGACUGUUCAUCUGAGAGGAGAACUCACUAGGAAGGUUGCUCCAGGUGAUAUUGUUGAGUUAUCAGGGAUUUUUCUCCCUAUUCCCUACACAGGAUUCAGAGCAAUGCGUGCGGGCUUGGUUGCAGAUACAUUCUUAGAGGCCAUGUCUGUUACCCACUUCAAGAAAAAAUAUGAGGAAUAUGAACUUAAAGGAGAUGAGCAAGAGCAAAUUGAACGACUUUCUGAGGAUGGUGAUAUUUAUAAUAAGCUGGCACAAUCAUUAGCACCUGAGAUAUUUGGUCACGAAGAUGUAAAAAAGGCUCUACUUCUUCUCCUUGUUGGUGCUCCUCACCGGAAACUAAAAGAUGGUAUGAAGAUCAGAGGAGACCUGCAUAUUUGUCUGAUGGGGGAUCCUGGGGUUGCAAAAAGUCAGCUUCUUAAACACAUAAUCAAUGUCGCACCAAGGGGAAUGUAUACAACAGGGAGAGGAAGCAGUGGUGUUGGUCUAACUGCUGCUGUCCAGAAGGAUCCUGUCACAAAUGAGUUUGUUCUUGAAGGGGGAGCUCUGGUGCUUGCGGAUAUGGGAAUAUGCGCAAUUGAUGAAUUUGACAAAAUGGAGGAAUCGGAUCGUACUGCAAUACAUGAAGUGAUGGAACAGCAGACUGUUAGCAUUGCGAAGGCUGGAAUUACCACUUCUCUCAAUGCAAGAACUGCUGUUCUUGCAGCAGCAAAUCCCGCCUGGGGACGAUAUGAUCUUCGAAGAACUCCAGCUGAAAACAUCAAUCUGCCUCCCGCUCUGUUAUCACGUUUUGACCUCCUUUGGUUGAUCCUGGAUCGUGCAGACAUGGAUAGUGACCUUGAAAUGGCUAGGCAUGUUGUCUACGUACACCAGAAUUUGGAAUGUCCUGCCCUUGGAUUCACACCACUCGAACCAUCUGUUCUUAGAGCAUAUAUUUCUGCUGCAAGGAGAACAUUCCCUUCUGUUCCGAAGGAGCUGGAGGAGUAUAUUGCAGGCGCAUAUUCCAGCAUUCGACAAGAGGAAGCCAAAUCGAGUACACCCCAUUCGUACACGACUGUGCGAACCCUUCUCAGCAUCCUCCGUAUAUCCAUUGCACUGGCAAGGCUCCGGUUCUCAGAAACUGUGGCUCAGAGCGACGUUGAUGAGGCCCUGAGGUUGAUGCAGAUGUCGAAAUUCUCACUUUACUCAGAAGAUCGCCAGAGAUCUGGUUUGGAUGCUAUCUCUGACAUCUAUUCAAUCCUGCGGGAUGAAGCUGCAAGGACUAACAGCAUGGAUGUGAGAUACGCUCAUGCACUCAACUGGAUCUCCAGAAAGGGAUACAGCGAAGCUCAGUUGAAGGAGUGCUUAGAGGAGUAUGCAUCCCUGAAUGUGUGGCAGAUCCAUCCCAACACCUUCGAUAUCCACUUUAUUGACGCCUGAUGUUUCUACCAUGCUUUUAGAAAUUUAACACAUGCGGACUUCACCACAUUGGAUUUUUUGAAUUUCUGGUUAAAGAGGAGGCUUGGAAUCCUCCAUGUGUUGUAAUUAUGUGAUUCUUUUGAGCCUAAUAUCAAUGUGGUUGGAUAUUCUUAGAAGUGUUUCUUUCACAAUUUCCCAACAUGUGUUUGUGACUUGUGACUCUGUGGAAGAGUUUUUUCAGUACUGAUACUGUUAAGAACAGUUCUAUAUUGGUUGUCUAUUUUGGAGUAGAAAAGCAAAUUGAAGGUUCUUUUU